CUCCAUGUGACAGAGAGAGUGUACAAGUCCUUCAAUUGCCCAAUUGUCUUGUGGCCAUUGAUGAAAUUUAAGUCAAGGAGGGUCCUUUCCUUCUUCCCACUUUUUGAUCUGAUUUGAUGAUUUGAUUUCGAUCCCCAAAAAAACUCAACUUUAUAUAUUCUACUUUCUUUCUUUCUUUCAUUCUUUCUAUCUAUUACCACUUUCUACAAUCCUCCUCCUAUAAAAUGUGCAUCUUUUGGCUCUUAGUUUCAACCAAUCUUCUAGUUAGCUAGCUUGCUAAAGAACCUAGUUUUCUAAAGUUGUGUACAAUAUUAUAUGAGAAAGAGAAGAAUGGCUGCCAUGACACUUGAUCCAAGCAUGAGGGUUCAAAUCAAGAGUACUGGCGGUUCUCACGUUGUGAUGGAAGAAAUUGAAGGGCUCAUAAGGGUUUACAAGGAUGGACACGUGGAGCGACCCCAGAUCGUUCCUAGUGUCACAUGUGCGGUGGCUGAUCAUCAUGGCGUGACAUCAACCGAUAUCAUCAUUGACAAGUUUAUGAACAUUUGGGCACGUUUCUAUGUGCCCAAAUCCCAUGGUAAACACCCUUUGCUUGUGUAUUUCCAUGGCGGCGGGUUUUGUGUUGGUUCAGCUUCCUGGAGUUGCUACCAUGAGUUCCUCACAAAACUUGCUUCCAAAUCUAAUUGUGUGAUCAUGUCGGUUAAUUACCGCCUCGCCCCGGAAAACCCUCUUCCGGCUGCCUAUGAUGAUGGUUUUAAGGCCCUCUUUUGGGUUAAACAGCAAUUUUCACAUAACUCAGGUAAUGAAUAUUGGUUCACAAGCAAAUGUGAUCCAACUAGCAUCUUUCUCGCCGGAGAUAGUGCCGGAGGGAAUAUUGCGUAUAAUAUCGCCACUCGAUUAGGAUCAUCCGCCGCUGGGACACUCUCGGUCUCAACUUUUAGGCCAUUGGAUUUCAAAGGAGCAAUUCUUAUACAGCCAUUUUUCGGAGGAGAGUCAAGGACAUAUUCGGAAAAAUACAUGGUUCAACCACCUAGGUCGGCUCUAACUCUAGCAGCUUCGGAUACUUAUUGGCGGUUAUCAUUGCCGGGCGGUGUGACCCGAGAUCAUCCGUGGUGCAACCCGACGUCGAAAGAUGCCCCGAGAUUGGAGAAUCUAAGGCUUGUUCCGGUGUUGGUUUGUGUUUCGGAAAUGGAUAUAUUAAAGGAUAGGAAUAUGGAGUUGGUUGCGGCUUUGGGUAGUGCUGGUAAGAGAGUGGAGCAUAUGGUUUGUAAAGGUGUUGGGCAUGCAUUUCAGAUUCUGAACAAGUCCCAGGUUUCACUACUUCGGACUGAUGAACUCGUGUCCCGAAUCAAGGCUUUCAUUGAUCGAUGAAAGUCAAAUUAUUAUAUAGUUUAAGGUUUCAUUACAUUUUUUAGAUUGGUUUUGUUGUUAUGAAUGAAGAAGGUUGGAGCGAAAGAUUUAAUGUUUGUCUCCGAUGUAAUAGUGAUGUUGUCUUUGUUUAUGUUUGUGUAACAAACUUGCAAAAUUCAUUGCGUACAUAAGUCACAAAUUUGAUCAAAUACUAGUUUUAUUAUCAAUUUUG